GGAAGUGUGUGCAAUUGAGGAAAGGGAAUCAAAGAGUUUCUGAAAUUACAUAAUUCGAGAGUGCGUUUUCUCGUUAGUUUCUUCCUUGCCCCCUUUCCUACGUGAUAAGGCCCACGUUAAAGGGACUCACUGCCAACAUCAAGCGUGGACGUUGUUUCGAAAGCGCACACCCCUGACCAUGGCGGACCGAUACGGUAAUAAUUUAUAAAAACAAUAUAUAACAUCGUUCCGAGAUGUCAGAAAGUAAUAACCGAUAGAAUCGAGACGAACGUCUGUUGGAAAAGUCGUGGCAUAGGGAUUUUUCACUUACAUGCCGGAGCUUGCGUGGCAGUUUCGUGGAAAACGGGACGGACAGAGUUUUGGCGCGUGUGCUCGUUAAUAUCCAUAAUUACCUGAAACGUUCCAUGGAUCCAUCGUUUUUCUCCAAUUAUUUUCGUCUAAAUGAACGUGACACGAGAUGCCGGAAAAGUACAACGUUGUGUGCCUAUCGUCGAACAUCUAACCCUAAGAAAUACAAACAAACAUCGGUGUCGAAUUCUGGAAAGUUGUCAUCGUAUCAAGUGAUUCGGUUAAGGAAUAAAACAGUGGGAUAGACGUAAGUUCGUUGAAAAAAAUCAAAAGUUGACACGGUCUAGGAACUUUUUUGGAUAUCUGCGAUAGCUGGCGGCGCGGUGGUUUACGGAGAAAAGCGAAGUGACGGUUUUGGCGCGCGUACUCGACUCCUGUGUGCGACCGGCAGAUGGCCGGCGCGCGUCCACGAACACACCAAACAUGACAAGCGCCUAAGCACGUACUACCACUGUGACAGGGACGCGUUCAAGAACAUAUCGAAGCAUUGGUAGAAGGCCACUACUACAUUAACAUAGAACGCUGUGAGAGCCCAUCGACACGCGGUUCGGUAUUACUACCACUGGUACAAGCGGUUCUAUCUGCCUCGUAGCCCGAGCCAGUUGCCAGCGCGCCAGCCAGCCCGUCCAUCCGAUCACCCAGCUCACGCACGAGCCGGCCUCGUGUGCGCGCGCGACACCCCGAUAGAAAAGGUUCGUUUUUCUCGCCGGUGGCUCGACGGAUCAUACCGAGGCGGGGCUUGUCGUGAACUUUAGAUCCCGUACAUUCCUAAGAAGCUGAAAACUCGACGAAUACUCGAACAGCUUGGCCCCUAUACUCGAUUAUUUCGGGCCCUCGGUCUGCUUGGCUGUCGUUCCUAUUGCCGAGAUCGGCCCCGCAGAAAAUGGACACCGCACCAGUGCGGUAGAGAGACAGAGCGAAACAGAGAGAUAUAUAGAAAAAGAGAAAGAGAGAGAGAGAGAGAGAGAGAGAGAGAGAGAAAGAGAAAUAAAGGCCACGCAACUACUACGACUACGAGGAGGACGACGACAACGGGUAUAAGUUUGAGAAAGAAGGACAGAGGGAGAGAAAACGAGCGAGGGCGAGGGAUUAUAAUCGUAUGUACGAAGUGUGUGUAUGAUAUACAGUAGCGAAAAGCAAGAGAAACAUUUCGUGCACGAUUAGCCUCGGGAGACCGGGUUAAAACUCGACAUCCCGAGCCGCACGUUUUUAUCCUGUCCUGUCAUCGACAGGCUUCAGUGAAAAUUUCAUCUAGAAUUAUCGACACAGCGUGACAACAACGAUCAUAACCACCACGGCGAAGUAUUUGCCAUCGAGGAGGCACGGAUAUGCCUCGCUCCUCGGUGCUGUGACACGCGCCGCGCCGUGUGCUGGCUGAACCUCCCGGAAGAGAGCGUGGGCCUUCGUCUCAAAAUACUGUGUGUGGUUUUGUACCGCACACUCGAGAGCCAAAUUCUUAUAAACAAUAAAGAUGCCUCGAGUAAGGAGACAGGUGGUCUUGGAAGAUCCAGCCAGGCCUGUUACACCAGACAUGGUGGAAACCAAAUUGAUGAAAACAGAAUUCUUGGAUGAUGGCUCUUUGGAUGAAGUACAAGCACAAAAGGUAGCUGAAGAAACGCCAAGUCCUCAUCUUCAAGACCAUCAGUAUGGACAAACACCUUGUUAUCAAGUAACAAGGAAACCUACACAACCACCACCACGAACUGAACAAAUAUCGGUUCAGGCGGUGAAACGAAGACUGAAUUUGGAAAUGGGAGCAACAGGUCCCAGCCAAUCUGCCUUUAAGGCUCCUAGAGGUAAACGUAGGAGAUCUGGUUCGAAUUCUCUAACUGGCCACACACCUACAAAAAGUAAAACGGUAGAGAGAACGCGGUAUGAUACAUCAUUGAGCUUACUUACGAAAAAGUUCAUACAUUUAGUUGAAAGCAGUCAAGACGGUGUUGUAGAUUUAAAUGUAGCGUCUGAGAAGUUAGAAGUACAGAAACGUCGUAUAUACGAUAUUACAAAUGUGUUGGAGGGUAUAGGUAUUUUGGAGAAGAAAAGUAAAAACAAUAUACAAUGGAAGGGCGGUCAGUUACCGAACGAUAGGAACGAUAUCGCUGAUCUCAGAAGAGAGGUGGCUGAUUUAGAAGCUAAAGAAAAUACUUUGGAUCGGUUAAUUCAUGGUGCAGAUAAAAACCUUAGGGAAUUGUGCGCCGAUAGACAAUACGCUUAUGUAACGUAUCACGAUUUACGUUCUGUCCCAAUGUACAAAGACCAGGCUAUAAUGGCAGUAAAAGCUCCGCCAGAAGCCACUUUACAUGUUCCGCAACCUAUCAAUAAUCUUGGCCAACAAAAGCUUCAAAUGCACAUGAGGUCGUCUCAUGGGGAAAUAGAGGUAUUCCUCUGUCCUGAUGACCCUACAGUUAAAACGUCUCCCAAUCCGGGAUAUACGACGACGCAACCUGUGCCUUCGUCAAAAGAAUCCGAAAUACCCGAUCUCCCUCCUGAACUGCUGGUCAACGGAGGAAGCGGGGUUCGGGUCGAACCAGUACCUUCUGUUGAGAGUACGUUGAAUACUCGUUCGUGUACUCCGGUUGUAUCUACGGUUACCAGUUUAGCAGGAAUGAGGGACGCAUUGUUAUGCGAAUCUGAUGACUAUGGACCAAUGGGUGGUGGCAAAUUCCAACUUCAAACGGAGGAUCAAAUCAACACUCCAGAUCUAAGUUUUUUCGAAUUUGGAGAACACCUGCUGUCCCUGGAACCGCCUCUUUCCGAAAACGACUAUUCGUUCUCGUUAGGCACGGAGGAAGGGCUGUCGGAUCUUUUUGAUUUCAAAUUUUAAAGAUGUCGUCCUGAUUGUCGUAAUCGUGAUAGCACUUUUGUCUUUUUGGACUACCACUCUGAGUUCGCCUCCCUAACAUUCGAACGGAUAGCGAUCAUUUUGUUAAUCCAAUGAUGACCGAUUUUACGUCAUAAUUAUUUUCGAUUGGCGAUCUUUAUUAUUAUUUUUUCCUCCUCAAACGUGAUCUUACGUUCGAAUGAUUGAUACGCUGGUUUAGUCAUGCUUCUUAGUUUUACAAAAAAAGAAAAAAGAACAAAAAAAAAAAGAAUAAAAAUACGCGAUCGUGUACAUAAAUAGAAGGCGUUUAUCACUCGCGAUACCGUAUAGUAUUUUGCCGACAAUUUUUUAAAAAAAAUUAUUUUUUAAUCGCGAUUCGUUCAGCAACACACACACAUAUACACGUAUACAGUAUCACGUCGGUGAUUUUCGAAAUUCCGCCUCAUUGAAAGGAUCUCAAAGGGAAGUACUGCGAAGCGAAGAGAAGGGACAAACAUAUCACGCCUCGGGUUACUAGUACAUUGGCAAGCGAUUAAGGAUGAACGUUAAAGCGAUAAAUCAUUGUCUUCUCGACGAAGAUGCAUCAAGAUUUGUCGCUUGCGAUUCAAAUCAUUUCAAGCCAAAAAUGACGCUUGCUAUGUGAACCAAUUUAUAGAAACGCAUUUGUUAGAAAUAUUUUUGUCAAUGUUUAUCGUUCAUCGUUUGCUAAUGUACUAUGGUAGCCUGGUGUUAACACGUUGACCGCGAUGCGACUGAAAUUCAAUUUAGAUGAAAUAUUCGUAAUGCUACUAAAAAAAUGUACACUAGUCAUUUUAAAGCAACCAAUUAGAUUGAAAUUAUUAUUGAUCCAUGAUGUAUCUCUACUGGCGGUCAACUUGUUAAUACGCGGUGGUCGAGUAUUUCCGGCUUGAUACGGUUCACGCCGAUAUCGAGUUUUGUGGAAUAUAUUAAAUUAUGUUGGCGAAACGACGCCAAUUUUUUUCUGUGCAAUCUGUAAUAAUACUGUAUAUCGAGGUAAGAGUAAAAGCGUGGGAAAGAGAGACGGAGAUGUAUUCGAGAAUUUCAAAGAGAGGAGAGACUGCAGAUUCGUGACGAACAAUUUAUAACGGUUUUCGUUUUCCCCCCUCUGCGAUCAUUGAAUUGUAUAAAGUGAAUAGCGCGUGAAUAUUAAUUCAUCAAAAAUGAAAUUCCCUCCUAGCGUAUAAAUAUUUCUAUCGAGGAAAAUUUCUGGACGGUUGUUUUCUCUAGUCGCUAGGACUGAAUCGUUUUUUUUAUCUCUAUUUGUUUUAUUUUUUUUUUUUUUUUCUUUUGAAAUCGCGUGCUUGACACCUUACCCAUCGCUAGCAGAUAAAAUAGAUAAGCACUGUUGCUUUUUAACAAGGUCUCGAUUCUUUCAAUGGCAUGUUAUAGAUUCUAUUUUUCAAUCAGUCUAAUGUUAUUUACACUCGGAUCGUUAAUUGUGGUGUACGUGAUUUUUAUUGCUUCGAUUCAGAAGUGUUUAUUAUUAAAUUUGGUGAUAAGCUUCCGGUUGGUAAGGUGUCGAGACGAGAGAGCAUCGUUCAGGAAUAAUCGCGUUCGGGUAAAUUUAUCGGUACGAUAGUGUAGCUUGUCGAUUGCGAAUCGUUUGUAAAAAAAAAAAAAAAAAAACGUAUGUCAGGGAGACAUAGUUUUUAUUCUAUAUACUUUUGUAAUUGCUCGGUACGAAUUUUUGUAUAUUUCGAUCCAUGGGGAAAAUAAGAAAUUCAUUGAUUCUAUACAGGCACGUAUACACGCACGGUCAUCCAACGGUACCAUUGAUAAUAUAAAUCUAAUUAAAGAAUCGCGUUGGAUUAGCAUCGAAUAUGAUGCCACGAACACACGGAGACGAACUCGAGCGUACAAGAAAGAGAGAAACAAAUCUUAGACUGUAACCUUUCGCGCAUGUAACACACGUAUUUAAUUCGAUUCGUAACGACGGAGAAGGUCUAAGAUUCCUUUCAGGAAUAACAGUACUUGUUCAGAACUUGAUUUGUAAAAAAAAAAAAAAAAAAAAAGUGAAAAGAAAGGGGUUCUUCAAAGAGAACUUUGAAGCCAGUGCAACUUGAAUUUCAACCGUGCUUGGUACAGCACCGACGAAGAAAACGCUUUGAGUCUUAACGUACAUAUAUAAAUAUAAUAAUAUAACUCCUAUAUAAGACAAACUGAGGAUAUUUGUUCGAUGUUCCUGAAGAAGAUAAUUCAAGGAUGCACUGGAGAGAAUCGUCUCAGCUGGAAGUCUCUUAAGGAUGUACUCUAACGUACAACUUAGUGUACGUCCAAAGCCAUAGUGCCUACACAAUAAUGAUCACACCCUUCUGUAACUGUAAAUAGUUUACAUACUAUACAAAAAUAUAUUAAAAAAAAAAAGCAAAGUAUAUAUAUAUAUAUAUACAUUUAUAUAGUGUGUGUGUAUAUAUAUAUAUGUGUGUGUGUAUAUAGAAGUGUAAGGAAGUGAGGACCCCCCCGAUGGAUACAAAAGAGAGAAACCAGAUGCUGCGAAAAUACACCUCAUUACGGUUAUCACAAACUAUCCGAUUAGUUAGUUUUAAUUAUUAAUAAUUAAUUAUUAGACGGAGGAGAGAUGUUAGUUUAUAAAUUUUACUUAUUAUAUAUAUGUAUGUGUAUAUAUGUAAUAAGUGCGUAUGUUUUUUUAUAGUCAAAAAUGAAUAUCGUGCAGAAUAAAAUGAAGAGACUUAAUGGAUUACUUAAAGAGAGAAGACUAGCAAGCGUUCUUAUUUUUCUUUUCUUUUUUUUUUAUAAAUGAGAUGUAAAAGUGUAGGCAGGCUCGAUGAAUGAUAUUUGUAUAAAGAAGAAAUGUUUUUAUCGCUACGUGUAUUUAUUUCAAUUGAAUAGCGUGUACGUCGUGAGGGGGAAAAGGGUGAUAGAAGGAGGAUAUAAAAAUGUGUUGCGAAUGGAUUAUUCUGCACGAUAUUCGACACGCAAUUCACCGAUUCGCAACAGAGAGGAUUGUGUAUUAGUUUUCGUUUCUGAUUUUUUUUUCUUAUUUUUUUUUUUUUUUUUUUUUUU